CAGCUGACAGACAACGAGAAAACACAUCGCCGACUCAGCAAUUGGAUAACGCAUGAACUCCCAAUAGCUCGUAGAGCUCUAUCUGCUCGACCAUGUCGCUACCGUCGAGCCCCGCGGGCGGCACUGGCCAGCCCCUCCAACCAGUAUCACACAAUGCUCAGCGUGAAUCUCUACUAUUCUCGGCAUCACAGCAACUCCGCGAGCACAUCAAUUUCGGCGAGAGCGGAUCGUUGCGCGACAGCUCGGUCCACGAGAAGAUCAAUCAGUUCAACACCCUCGCUUUGCAGUCUAAGCAGCUCGAACGUAAGACGGCCGAUGCCGCUCUUAAGCGUGCCAUGCUUGGACGAGAGGAGGCUGAAGCCGAGAUGCGCCGAUAUCGCGACGAAGCGAGGAUGCUCAGGAAACAAGUAGAAGACGGGAGAGACAGGGAGAGGAGGGUGGCAGAGAGGUUGGAGGAAGUUCAGGAGAAAUACAGGAAUGACAGGGAGCAGUUUGAACAAGCGAAGGAAACCCUUAACCACCACAAGCAGGUCUGGGACAAGGAGAUCCGCAGGGCCCGUAAAGCGGCAUUCAAAGCCGAAAGAGAAGUCGUCAAGAAACAGGAGGAGCUCAAGUCCUGCCAGCUGGCUCAGAAGGUCGCCGAGCAGGAGCUUAGGGCUGAGCAAGAACGGGCCGAGGCACUACAACAGGAGGCUUCCGAGGCGCGACACAGUCUGGUCAGACUGCAGGAGCAGUUAAACCAGGCCCAGGAACGUAUCAAGAUGCUGGAGAAAGAGCUAGACGCCACCAAGACGUUGGCCAGGAACCAAGAAGAGACCAGGCAAUCUGCUUCCAUUCCCAAUCCCGAAGGCGACGUGGACGACCUGACGACGUCAAGAAAACGUCGGCGGGUAUCGUCGAUCAGCGAGAUAUCCAUCACCGAUCCCGACGUCGAGGAACUCAUGAUGCUCUUGCAAUGGGAGAAGGCGCGCGCCGACCGAGCACUGGAACAGGUCCACUUUCUCGAGACAGAAUGCCACCUGAAAGUCUGCCCUGCUGCUAAGGCGCUGCGGAGCAGCCGCUCGAGCAGACGAUCUAGCUUACGAAAGCGAGCCAGUCUGUUGGAUGCCGGUGACCCGAUGAUUCUUAGCGAAGAUCGCCGGGACUCUGCAGAGCCCGCACAGCCCAUGCCCGGGCGGUCCAAGACCAACCGCUUGAGGGUCGAGAAAGAGCCGAGACGCAGCACCAUUUUCCUGCCUGCCGAGGGCAUCUUCCGGACGGUGUCGCAGGCCGAGGCUGAAGCCAUGGGACAUCAGUCGGUUGAAUCAUCGGUCGAUACACACACCGGGUCGGGGCCAAGCCUACCGAUCACUCCCACUGACGGUGACCCGAUGUACCGCCGCACACCGUCCGUCGAUCCUCCAGACUUUGCUGUGCUGUCAAAAGAGCGGACAUCGUUGCUGUCCUUGCUCAAUGCGCCGCACCGGCAAGACCCGGAGCCAGUCUUCAAUGUCCCCACAACUUCUGGCCCGGAACCCGAGGUACAUCACCUCGAGCACGAGGGGAAGGACGAGCUACCACCAACAGCCCACCACUAUGACCUUCUCGCUCCUGAACCGGCCUCCCCGCUCACAGCGCCGCUCAGCGAGCCUUUGCCAUCCACUCACACAGAUACGACGGUGUCUACCGUGCCCUACGCCCGUCCACACACUACCGCAUCCUACUACCAACCAACAACAACCACAGUCACGACCACGAAAGUGCCCCUCCGCGAGGAACCCCACGACGGUCCCACCCUGGCACAGCGCUUGCUCAAGAUGCAGCGCACCCCCUCGCGGCAGGCCGGUGACGUCGUCGACCCCGACAAGCCCAGCUUCGACGUAACCGACCCCGCGUUGACGCCAACCAUGACGCGGGAGCAAGCCUUGGCGCAGAUAAGGGAGCGAAGGGGCCGGGCUCGUAGCGUCGGGCGCGUACAGCUACAGGGCAAUACUAGUACUGGUAGUAGCACUGGAAGUGGAGCGGAGGUCCGGAGAAAGGUCAGUGGUACAGGUAGUGCUAGUGGCAGUGCUAAUGGCGAGGCACCGCCGCCGAGGAGAAAGGCCAGCGGCGAGCUGGUGGGUGGGCGGAGGAUAUACGGUGGUAGUGCCGGUGAGGACAAAGAUAGAGGCAGGGAGAGGGAUCGGCAGGAGGUCAGUGCGCCUAGCACUGGCGGGGCGGCGAAGCGUGCCGUGUCGAACGUCAGGCGCGUGAAGUCUUAGGUGGGAUUAAUGUUAGGCGGUUUGGACGAGGACUUGGCGGUCGGUGUGGAAGUUGUGUUGGGUUGAUGUUGAUUCUUGUCUUGGGGAGACUGACUGUCAGGAUUAGACAUGGUUUUACUGGUUUGCCUUUUCUUUUGUUUAUUGCUUAUUAGGAGUUUAGAGCCAGGCGGCUAUUCUGUCGG